CUGUGGUAGAGAGUACUCACACAUUGAGGGGAUCUUUGACAGACAAAAGUUUUCAUUACGUGAAUGUGAAGCCACGUCACGGCACUCUCCAGUGCCCGCCUGCUCCCAGGAGCCAGAGCCAGCGAUAUAACACGGUAGCCUGCUCAUUUCUGAGGAUUUGUCCGAAUGCGCGCGAGGAGGGUCUGGAUGGGAAAGCCACGUGGAAUUUGAGAUUUGAUGAAGCCCACUGCCGCAUCAUCCCCCUCUGUGCUGGACAACUUGCGAUAAAACUUUCAAAAAAUGUGAAGCUCUUAUCCACUGAUGCGCCGACAACAGAGGCGAUGUUUAUCUAAAGCAUGAGGUUGCGAGAAUUCAAAUGAACGUACAGUGUUAUUUUUACACUGUUGGAGAUGAAGGCAGACAGAGGAACUAUGAACUUACUCUCCUGGAUAUUGCUCAUAAACUUUUCCCUUUGCUGGACAUCGGUUGACGCACAGAUGGGGUUCGAUGGUCCUCUCUCUGCACAGGAGCAGAUGUACAUCCUUUACGAAAUCAAACUGCAGUGCUACCAGAACCUCUCCAACAUUGACCCAGGGUCCACAGAUGAAGUGUGCCCUCCAGACUGGGAUGGUCUUAUCUGUUGGCCCCGUGGCUCCCCAGGGCUGGUUACCAAGGUUCCCUGCCCGUCUUACAUCUAUGACUUCAAUCACAAAGGACAUGCUUACAGAAAGUGUGAUGUCAACGGUUCUUGGGUGUUUGUGGACCGUUGGAACAAAACAUGGACCAACUACUCAGAGUGUCUGCGCUUCCUUCAGCCCAGUGAUGAAGAAGACAGACAAGACUUCUUUGAGCGGCUGUACGUCAUGUACACCAUUGGCUACGCUGUGUCCUUCAGCUCUCUGCUAGUGGCCAUCUUCAUUAUUGGAUACUUCAGGCGUCUUCACUGCACCAGAAACUACAUCCACAUGCACCUGUUUGUUUCCUUCAUGUUACGAGCGGUCAGCAUCUUUGUGAAGGACAAAGUCGUCCACUCCAGUGCUGGAUUGCAGGACUUUGACUCUGCCCUGUUGGACAACUUAAAAACAGUUAGCAUAGCAUCACUGGACAAGUCUCAGUAUAUUGGCUGCAAGGUGACAGUGCUGCUCUUCAUCUAUUUUCUGGCCACCAACUACUACUGGAUCCUGGUAGAGGGCCUCUACCUUCACAGCCUCAUCUUCAUGGCCUUCCGAUCAGACUCUAAAUACCUCUGGGGCUUCACACUCAUUGGAUGGGGUGUUCCAGCUGUUUUCGUGGCAGUGUGGGCGGUUGUGAGGGCAAUGCUAGCAGAUGCAAGAUGUUGGGAGUUGAGUGCUGGUAACAUUAAGUGGAUCUACCAAGUUCCCAUCCUGACAGCCAUUGGGCUCAACUUUGUCUUGUUUGUGAACAUUGUGCGAGUGCUGGCCACCAAAAUUCGAGAGACAAAUGCAGGGAGAUACGACACCAGAAAACAGUACAGGAAACUGGCAAAGUCUACCCUUGUGCUAGUGCUCGUGUUUGGCAUCCACUACAUCAUCUUUGUGGGGAUGCCUCAUACUUUUGAGGGGCUGAGCUGGGAGGUCCGCAUGUACUGUGAGCUGUUCUUCAACUCGUUUCAGGGUUUCUUUGUGUCCAUUAUCUAUUGCUUCUGCAAUGGAGAGGUCCAGACAGAGAUAAAGAAAACAUGGACUCGAUGGAACCUGGCCUUCGAGUGGGAGGGUCCGGUGGUCUGCGGCCGCUACCGUUACGGCUCUGUGGUUGUGGGGAUCAACAACAACAGCACCAGCAGUCAGUCCCACCUGGCUGGGGCUGGGCCUUCCACACGCUCCACCACACUUGUUUCAAGUCGUGCUUACCGGAGCACUGGCCCCCCUGUGAUCAGCAUGCACGCCACUCUCCCAGGUUACGUGAUCAGUAACUCAGACCCAUCCAUACCUGAAGAACCUGAGGACAGUGGCCCCAAGCAGGUGGACGAUAUCUCGCUGAAGGAAAAUCUGCCUGUUUUAAAUAUGAAUGCAACAGCUGAGGAUGAGGAGGAAACGCUGUAGCAGUUGUCUAACGUCAAAAGAGGCUGUAGAGACGAGUGGAAAAUUUUGCAGGUGGCGCUGUGCCAACUCAUUACAGCCUCAUGUAAUUCAAAUUCUGGAGAGGGAGUAAACACAAAGUUUGACUGUGUGUACAUGAAAUUGAAAAAUGUCUUGAACUGCUUUGAGAAAACAAGCUUAAAACACAAACUAAUGAAUAAGUUAUGAGGUUGAAUGGCAGUUUACAACACUAUCGUCGUGCCACAUUGUCUUGAUACCACCACUAGGAGUAACCAAAAUCUGAAUUUUACACACUGAGGCUUUAACUAAACACGCUGGUCCUGGUGAAUAAAUAAAAAUUAUAAAUGCAGCAACACCAUAGUGCCCUCUGUUGUCCAGCAUGCUCUGGAUGCCACACGGCAGCUUGGAAAAUAUGCUGUUGCAAACAAGCAUAAACCUCCCAACAAGAAAGUGCCAAGAACUGCAGUUCCUCAAAUGGCCACUUGAGGCUGACUACAAAAGCGAGUCAAUUCUCAUAGACUAUCAUGUUAAAAUGCCAGACUUUACGGCAGAAAUAAACAUGUUUACAAUCUGGUACAAAAACGGUUUU